AUGUCCUACGCCGUCCAGGUGCUCGGCACCACCAUUCGCACUGUUCGCGCAAUUAGGGCCAAACUUCCAUCCACCUCGACUUGUCGCGCCCCCUACCCCAGAUUCUCGCGCACCCAUAUAUAUUAUGGCCACCUAUCCCCACUUCGUAACUUCCAUUCUUUUCCCUCCACAAUGUGUACGUCCACUCCACAAAGGGAAAUCCUCCCCACCAACGUCAAGCCUGUUCGCUACGACUUGACAUUGGAACCCGACUUUUCCGAUUUCACAUUUAAGGGUCAAUUGGCCAUUGAUUUGGAUGUCAAUGACACCUCCGACAAGAUCACCUUGAACUGUCUCGAAAUUGACAUUCACGAUGCGGCCGUCAACGGAAAGGCUGUGUCCAAGAUCUCCUAUGACGAGGACAUGCAAACCGCUGCUUUUGAUUUGGCCGAGUCCCUUCAAUCGGGCUCGAAAGCUACCUUGUCGCUCACUUUCACUGGUCUCUUAAACGACAAAAUGGCUGGUUUCUACCGUUCUUCCUACACUGACGAGUCCGGCAACACCGCUUACUUGGCUACCACGCAGAUGGAGCCUACGGAUUGCCGUAGAGCGUUCCCCUCGUUCGACGAGCCUGCGCUCAAGGCCAAGUUCGAUAUUUCCUUGGUCAGUGACGCCAAGUUGGUCCAUUUGUCCAACAUGGACACCAAGUCCGUCGAGGAUUUGGCUGACGGCAAGAAAAAGACCGUUUUCAACACCACUCCACUCAUGUCCACUUACUUGGUGGCCUUCAUCGUAGGUGACUUGCGCUGUGUAGAGAAUCACGACUACAACAAGCCAAUUAAGGUUUGGGCCACUCCUGGCUCCGAACACCUUGGAACCUACUCUGCCGACAUUGCUGCUAAAACACUCAAGUUCUUUGACGCCAAGUUCGACAUCCCCUACCCUCUCCCAAAGUUGGACAUGGUCGCCAUCCAUGAUUUCCUGGCCGGCGCCAUGGAAAACUUUGGUUUGAUCACCUACAGAACUGUCGAUUUGCUCUUGGAUCCAUCUCAUACCGAUGUUAACACCAAGCAACGUGUUACUGAGGUCGUCAUGCACGAGUUGGCCCAUCAAUGGUUUGGUAACUUGGUCACCAUGGAUUUCUGGGAUGGUUUGUGGCUUAACGAGGGUUUUGCCACCUGGAUGUCCUGGUACGCUUGUGACUCCUUGUAUCCUGACUGGAAGGUCUGGGAAUCUUAUGUUGCCGACUCCUUGCAGCUGGCCUUGACCUUGGAUUCUUUGAGAUCUUCUCAUCCUAUCGAGGUGCCUGUUAAGAGAGCCGAUGAGAUCAACCAGAUCUUCGAUGCUAUCUCUUACUCGAAGGGCUCUUCCUUGUUGAAGAUGAUCUCCCGCUGGUUGGGCGAGGAUGUCUUCAUCUCUGGUGUCUCUCUCUACUUAAAGACACACAUGUGGGGCAACACUCAAACCUCAGACUUAUGGGCUGCUUUGAGCAAGGUCAGUGGCAAGGACGUUGUUGCUGUGAUGGACAUCUGGACCAAGAAAAUUGGAUUCCCUGUUGUUCGCGUCGAGGAGUCUGGUAACACCUUGACCCUUACUCAGAACAGAUUCCUUGCUACUGCAGACGUCAAGCCAGAUGAAGACGAGACUUUGUACCCCGUUUUCUUGGGCUUGAAGACCUCUUCUGGUAUUGAUGAGUCUCUUACCUUGGAUAAGCGUUCGACAGAGAUUAAACUCGAAACUGAGGACGACUUCUUCAAGAUCAAUGCUGAUCAAGCAGGUGUCUACAGAACCGCCUACUCGCCUGAAAGAUGGACCAAGUUGGGUGAUGCUGGUGUGAAAGGUAAGUUGUCUGUCGAGGACCGUGUCGGUUUGGUCGCCGAUGCUGCCUCCUUGGCCUCCUCCGGUUUGAUCAGCUCCACUGAUUUCCUUAACUUGGUUAAGGCUUGGUCUGGUGAAGAUAACUACGUUGUUUGGGAGUCUUCUUUGACAAGUAUCUCCAAGAUCAAGAUGGCUCUUCAAUUUGAAGAUGACUCGAUCAAGAAGUCUUUGAACGCCUUCUGUCUCGACUUAAUUAGCCCAAAGCUCGCUCAGGUUGGUUGGACGUUCUCUGACAGUGAUUCUUUUGCUGAACAGCAGCUCAAGUCCUUGUUGUUUGGUGCAGCCGCUGCCAAUGGUCAUAAGGAGGUUGUCGAGUACGUCAACAAAUCGUUUGAUGCAUAUGUUGCUGGCGACAAGAGUGCCAUCAACCCUAAUAUUAAGGCUGCUGUAUUCAACACUGUUGCCCGUCUUGGCGGCAUUGAGACAUACGAGAAGAUUUACAAAAUUUACACCAACCCAGCUUCUGUCGAGGAAAAGAUCGCUGCAUUGAGAGCCUUGGGUAGAUUUGAGUCAGAGGAGAUUCUCGACAAAGUCACCGCUUUGUUGUUGCAGACUGACAUCGUUAAAUCUCAAGAUGUCUACAUUCCAAUGCAAGGCAUGAGAGCACACAGAUUAGGUGUUGAGAAGUUGUGGGCCUGGUUCACCGCAAACUGGGAUGCGAUCUACAAGUUGUUGCCUCCUGGUUUGUCCAUGUUGGGAUCUGUGGUCACCUUGGCUUCCUCUGGUUUCACUCAAGAAAAACAGAAGGAAGAAGUGAAGAAAUUUUUCGAGGGUGUCAACACCAAGGGCUUCGAGUCUAACUUGGCUCAAUCUUUGGAUAUGAUCACAAGUAAGGCCAACUGGGCUACUCGUGACUCUGAGGACAUCAAGUCUUGGUUGAAAGAGAACAAGUAUUACUAA